AGGCUCCCAGAAGCCUCCGGGGCGCUCGCUGGAAACGCACUUCCUGGGACGCUGAGAGGGAGAUUCUUUGCGAGGCUCUUCGGUGUGGGCGAGUGAAAUGCCCUGGAUGUGAGACCCAGGCCAAGAUCAUUUCUACUCUUUGUUCAGAUGUGCAUAUAUUCCAAAUUGAUUAAAGUUGUUUUAGAACUAUCAAGUACCUCAAAGAUCUGACCGGCAGUACUGCGCAAGCCUGCCUGCCAUGGGCUGUCGGGACGUCCAUGCAGCCACAGUGCUCUCCUUCCUGUGUGGCAUCGCCUCGGUAGCAGGCCUCUUUGCGGGGACUCUGCUUCCCAACUGGAGAAAAUUGCGACUGAUCACAUUCAACAGAAAUGAGAAGAACCUGACUGUUUACACAGGCCUGUGGGUGAAGUGUGCCCGGUACGACGGGAGCAGUGACUGCCUGAUGUACGACACUACUUGGUACUCGUCAGUUGACCAGCUGGACCUGCGGGUCCUCCAGUUUGCCCUGCCCCUCAGCAUCCUGAUCGCAAUGGGUGCCCUGCUGCUCUGCCUGAUUGGAAUGUGUAACACGGCUUUCAGGUCCUCGGUGCCCAACAUCAAACUGGCCAAGUGUCUGGUCAAUAGUGCAGGCUGCCACCUGGUGGCGGGGCUGCUGUUCUUCCUGGCAGGUACUGUGAGCCUCUCCCCAUCCAUCUGGGUCUUCUUUUACAACACCCAUCUGAACAGGAAGUUCGAGCCAGUCUUUACAUUUGACUAUGCAGUGUAUGUCACAAUCGCUAGUGCUGGGGGCCUGUUUAUGACUUCCCUUCUACUGUUUAUUUGGUAUUGUGCAUGCAAAUCUUUGCCUUCUCCUUUCUGGCAACCACUGUACUCCCAUCCUCCCAGUAUGCAUACUUACUCACAGCCCUAUUCAGCACGCUCCCGCCUCUCUGCCAUUGAAAUCGACAUUCCAGUAGUUUCACACAACACCUAAUGGAGAAGUGGUUGUUAAAGAACACUUUUCGCCUCACAUUUCCCUUGUACAAGGAGCUGUCUUGGACCAAUAUAUAUUUUCCUUUGUUUCUGACCAGUCUAUGAAACCAGAUUUGUAUGUCCUAGUAGAAUGAAGUGCUGCUAGUUUUAUGAAAAGUACACUAUUUUAAAUGUGAAUCGUUCUUUUAUCUUGCUCCUUAUGCUAGGAGGAUUUUUAACCUCUAUAUUGAUAUCUGAUCAGUAAUUCAAGUGGAAAGGACCCGUGUCUCAAUUGAGGUGAUUUAGAGCAACAUGGCAGUGUGAAAAAUGAUGGCUAAGAGAAGUUGUUGUAUGUGAUCUUUACAAAUAUUUCAGAAUGUGUCUUGUCCUGUUUCUGUACUACCUUAAGCCAGUAAAAAAAAAAAAAGCAAUUUCAGAUAUAAGAAAUUUAUUUCAGGUAAUGGUAAUUCAGAUCUUUACAGUAGUCAGACUACCAGCUUAAGGCUGUGACUUUUCUUAGUUCUCUCUUGGGGCUAAUUGCAUUGGAUAGAGUUCGGUAUUUUGAAGAUUACUUUCUUUUGUGAGUUCCUUACCUUCUACCUCAUGCCAAUGUUUAAAAAUAUAUAUAUUUUAAGUGAUAUCAGAGAAAAUAAGCUAAACAUUUUAAGUAUCUAUUAGUAUGGACAACAUUUAACAAUUUUAAGAGUUAAUGAUUCUAUAAAUUAUAUUCUUGGAGUUAAAAUGUGCCAUGAGAUGGAGUGGUGCUUCCUUUGAGGCAGAAAAACCUGUUUUACAGGUAUCACCCACUAAGUGGUAUCCUGCCCAUAUAUAAUCUCUUAGUGACUAAGAGGAAAUAGAUAUAGAGGUCCAAGUGGUUUGUUCUCUUUUAGGCAGUGGCAGGGUACGAGCAUCUGCUCUUCAGUGACAAACAUCAGAGAUUCACUAUCAUGACUAUCUUUUGAGUGAUGGGUGAAGUAAAGUAUAGCUUCACCAUGACCACAUUCACUCUUGAAUCAGUUCCUGCCCCCAUCACUGAGUACUUCCUUAAACAUAUGUCUUUGCCCAACACUUUAGUAGGUGCUCUACAGCAGUAGUCACCAACCUUUCAGACCUCGUGGACCACCAGUGGUCCACGGACCUCCGGUUGGCAAACACUGCUCUAGAGGAUACAUGAAAAGUAGGAGACCUUGUCCCAUUCACUAAAAAAUUUUGAUAGAGAAGGCCAAACUAUUAUCUGACAAUUAGGGAACAGUCUGACUUCAUUGAUAGCUUGUCUUAACUCCUCAGUCAUUGAUCCAGGAAUAUGUUGCAACCAGAGACAUGGCUUUCUGAUUGACAAGCUUAUUGUGUAGUGCCAGCAAUAUCCUGGAACCUAGAAUUUCAAUUCAUUGGAUCCCUUAGAGCACCUCCCUUAGGCCUAGACACUGUAAUGACACUAUAUAAGAUUCAUGAGAAUGGGCAAAAGCAGUAGAGAAAUUAAAUGUUUACUUUUCACUUCUGAAAGUAUGGUGAUGUAGUAGAGAAGAGGGAAUAUUUAAAAUCUCUCCAAAUGGGCUAACAUUUAGAUGAAACCAUGUUAACAAUGAGACGAAUGCUUAGAAAUUCAGGGAUAUUGGGUCUUUACCCUUGUGAAUUUGAGCUGCUUAGUUGGUGUAAUUUACUACACAUCAGUGCUGUGUUCAUAAGGAUUUUGUUCUAUUAACCAUUAACCAUUACAGGACUGUUUUAUCAUUCCACAAACAGCUAGUUGCAUGGUAAACAGAUUCGUAUGCCUCUUUGCAAACCUGCGUAUGAUUCUGGUACUUCUGUGGAUGUGAGUGGUACUUUCCCCCCACUAAUUCCAACACUAGUUUAUGUAUAUAUAUCAGUAAGUCCAGGUCUGUAAUUUUUAAAUGCCACCAGGAGAAAGCAUGCACAACUAUGGGUUUUUAGUUACAGCUCCUGAUUUCCUCCAGUUCUAUUCCUUUUAACUCUUCUGAGAUUGAGCUGAGUCUCGAACAUUCCAAGACAAUGGCAGGUAGAAUUUUGAGAUUAAUAUUAAUUUCCCCCGUUGCUAAUUAAUUUCACUCCCCUCACUAACUUUCUCCAGAAGUGUCAAGAAUUCCACCAUCCCCCUGUUCUUCGUAUAAACAAUGUUAAAGAAAAGUAGACUCAGCCAGUUUUUAGUCCAGGGGAUCAUAAAUAUAAAUAAGAGGAAACCCUUUCCUACAAGAAUCUUUUGGAUGCUUUUCAUAAUCUGUUGCCUUAAAUCAGUAUUUAUUGUAGAUUCACUAGACAAAAGAAACAGCUGUUUCCCUUUUUGUCUUUAAUAUUUCAGCUUUGCUCUCAGUAGCUAUUCUUCAAAGCCAUCAAAGGAAAGCAAGUAUUUAUGAUUCUCUUUUUUAAUUGUGAGCACUCAUCAGGCCAUCAUUAUGAGGGGGGAUCUUUUUUGUUGUUACAAGCUAUUAACAUUAAGGGCCUUUUACAGCAGCCAGCUUGAAAAGCAACCUUAAAUGUGGUAUGAUGCACCAGAUUUGGUUUAUCCAGCCAUGGGUGGAAAGAACCCUAAGUUUACUUUACUUGUAAAUAUUCACUGUAAUAGAUAAUUUGUUUGUUGUAAGCUGCAAUGUAAAACCUCAAUAAAACUGUACUGUACUUCUUGAUGUUAUUAAAAGAUGUAUUUUUACAA